AUGGCUCUUCAUCUCUCUCCAAGCCUCUGCUUGUUCUCCACCAUCACCAUAAUCUUCAUCUUAGUCCAAGUCCCAACAUCUGUGUCAACCAUCGAUGCGAAAUAUGAAAAUUGUAGCGCCCCUUUUCCCUGUGCAACCUUGGAGAAUCUCGAAUACCCUUUUUGGGGAGGGGGUAGGCCAGAGUUUUGUGGGCACCCGGUUUAUGAGUUGAACUGCCAAGGCGAGGUUGCAGAGAUCACUAUCAUGGCGAAAAACUACGGAGAAAUCUACAGAGUGCUGGAAGUAAAUAACGUUUCUUGGACUCUCACAGUUGCUAUAGAAGAUUACUGGGAUAACAUUUGUCCCGCAAGCCAUGUCACUGGUUACGUGAUAAGAGCCAUUAGCAUUUUCUUCGGAGGUUGUGACAGAAACGUUACUAUUCCGGGGAGACUGUCAGCAUUUCCGUUCUUAAAUUAUACAGCUGCAGCAAAUGUGAGUGAAGCUCUUAGAGAGGGUUUUGAUUCGCAAUGGAACGCAAAUAAUAGCUUAUGUGACAAAUGUAAAAACUCAGGUGGACUGUGUGGAUAUGACCCUGAUACUGAUGAAUUCACUUGUUAUUUUCGUGAUAAGCCUUAUCCCUUGACUUGUUCCUCAAAAGGUACUUCCCAUCUCUAUUUCGUUACUUCUGCAACACUAAGUUUCUGCAAUAUUGCUGGAUUAAGGUUUAGCAUAUUCCUUAAAUUGAUGCUAUUUAGAAGGUUGUAG